AUGGAGAGCAAUCUUGCGAGAGAGUUGUGGGCAGCUUACGCCUGGUGGUCGUGCGUUCUCGUUCUGAAGAUGAACGCCUUGACUUGGUUCACUGGGCGAAUUCGAGCGACCAGACAGGUGAUCCACAGCGAGGAGGAUAGAAGAUGGUUGAAAGGUACCGAUAUAAUUUUAUGCCCGACAGGAGGCGGACACGUGGACGUGGAUCGCAUUCGAAAUGCACAUCAACAUGAUCUCGAAAUCGUGGUCCCUUAUCUGUUAAUUGCACCAAUAUGGUUGAACACGUCACCGUUGUUUCCUCUAGCUAGAAUGAUUUUGCCCGCUUUUGCGAUAGUCAGCAUAUCGUACACGUUGCUCCACAUGAGAAUCGUGAACGUGCAUCGUUAUUGUAAAAUUGUUUUGUCCACUUUGGAACUUUGCAUUCUAAUAUACAUGUCUGUUACCUCUCUUAUUCAUUACGCGUGA